GCCAAUCAUUUCAAAUGCUUGAGAGUUGAGACUUACAUUGCUUUGAGCUGACGGGAAGCCUUGAACCUUGAGCUCACACAACUCCUAAAUCCCCCUCUCUCGAUAUUAACUGUUUUCUUGUUUUCUGGUUUCUGUGUCUCUCUUUGGAAAAGCAAAGCAAGACAAAGCAGAUUAUUUCAUCUAGUUCUAGUAGCUGACCAAAAACCAAGACCCACUUUACUGUCUACUCCCAACUUUAAUUGCUUAUGUUAUGUCUUCUCUGCUAUAUAUAUGUGCCUGACAUUCCCUGUCUGUCUCAUUCAUUCCCACCCAUCAUUUCAAUUGUUUCUUCUAGACCAUUGUCUUUGUUUCACUUUAUUGCUCCAUUCCUAUUGCCAGUAGAUCAUCAUCAAAUUAUCGUCUUUCCAGUCUAAAAUUCUUCAUGGAGACUGUUGAAUUGAAGGUGGAGAUGGUUGGCAUACAUGAGAAAAGACUCAGGAAAUGCUUGUCAAAAUUGAAAGGGAUAGAGAAAGUGGAAGUUGAUGCAAAUAGUCAGAAGGUGGUGGUCACCGGAUAUGCACACCGGAACAAAAUUCUUAAAGCAGUAAGGAGAGGUGGCUUGAAAGCUGACUUCUGGUCUGCACAAAACGAGCUUCUUAGUACUUAUGCCAGUGCCAGUUACGGAAGCUUGAGAUUCAACAAUUUCAACUUGUUUUAGGAGUUUUUUUUUCCUCUUUCUUUUUGUUUUCUUUACUCUUAUGGGAUCAUAUACCGAGGUUAUGUUUGUGUUUUUCAUAUCAUUUUAUUUUUUAUUUAUUUUUUGUUUCCCCUUUUUCUUUUACAAAAGAACUGUCCCAAGUUCAAUGAUGAUACAUAGAGUGAAAUGGAAGAGUCUUAAGUUUUGCAGCUUUGCCCGGUACCUUGGA